AUGGGUUGUGCCAUGUCGGCCGAGGAGAGGGCCGCUCUGGCGAGGAGCAAGCAGAUCGAGAAGAACCUGAAGGAGGACGGGAUACAGGCUGCCAAGGACAUCAAGCUCCUUCUUCUUGGUGAGUACCCCUUUCAUCCCUUAGAUUAUGCCGGCUAUCACCCCCUUCGGUACCGAUACUGUAUCACUGGUUUCCUUGUCCAAUUAAAAUCCACGAGUUGCGAAGACACGUCUCUUAUCGCUUGCAAUGUUCAUAAAUUGCCAUAA